GAUAUACACUUUACCCAAAAAAUCUAUUGUAAACCAUCGUUUCGGUCCAUCAACUCUUCUGCGUUCACCCCUGCUCCGUUGCAGAGCAAGAUCGAAAGUUCCAGCUUCAAAGUCCACAGAGAUUUGACGAUCGAGCGAGCCAUGAAUGCUAGACGAGACAACCGUAACAGCAGAGUUGCUCUUUUUGAUGGUAUUGAGGAGGGUGGCAUCAGAGCAUCAUCUCUUUACUCGUCCUCCCAUGAAAUUGAUGAACAUGAUAAUGAGCAAGCCGUGGAUGGAUUGCAAGAUAGAGUCAAUCUGCUAAAAAGAUUAUCAGGCGAUUUACACGAGGAGGUCGAUAGCCAUAAUCGCAUGCUGGAUCAUAUGGGGAAUGAUAUGGAUGCAUCAAGAGGAGUCCUCUCAGGCACCAUGGACAAAUUUAAAAUGGUAUUCGAGACUAAAUCCAGCCGGAGAAUGUUUACGCUUGUAGCAUCCUUUGUUGUGCUUUUUCUUAUAAUAUACUACCUAACUAGGUAAUUGAUCUUUCAUUCAACUGUCAUCUUUAAGUUAGAUACGGGAGGAAGCUAUUUUCUCUAUUACUGUAAUUAAUGCUACUACCUGUAAGAUACUGUUUGUAUAAAGGUUUUAACGUUUUAAACAGGUAUUGAAUCCAAUGAGUAAUGUCCAUAUCGG